UUGUUAAUUUCAGCCUUGCCUCUUCUUCAAAGCCGCCUCUACUCAAGCGAUUCGGUGCCAAAAAUUACAACACAUUACACUGUUGUACCAAGAGAAACUGAUCCAAGAUGGAAAGGUAAUUUUUGUUGCUUAUGUUAUGUUUUUUAGUAAGUAAUAGUAAAACUGGUUUCGUCACUUUUGGCAUGUGUACAGUGUAUAAAACAAAAGUUUUCCAGCGUAUACAAAAUAAUAUAAUAUCACAAGGGUUCAAUUUUUUCGCUUUUAGAUGUAGAGAUGGAACGAUUUUCAGACGAAGCCGACGUUGUAAUAGUCGGUGGAGGGCCGGCUGGUUUAUCGGCUGCAAUCAGACUAAAGCAACUGGCCGAAGAAAAUGAGAAAGAAAUUCGAGUUUGCCUUGUGGAGAAAGCCUCGGAAAUCGGUGAGAUUACAUAACGUAGCUGCCUCUUUUCUUUAAUUCUUAUGUAAGCUCAACUUAGUCUUUUAAAAUUUAAUUUGAAAAGCUUAAUUUUAAUUUUCUACCUCACUGUUUUAACGAAAGAGUCAAUUUUUAAAAUGUAUUUUGCGUUUCAAGUGACUGAUGCAAUCCAAUGCGAUGUGAUGAUGAUUGCGUGACAUUCACACCCCCGACUUUCCCUCUUUUGCGAGGCAAAGGAAGCCAUGUGGAAAAUCAAGUUUUAACGACUGAAUAUUUUCUGGUUAUAUACUUUGUUUUUGAUGUCCUUAACUCUGACAACACUAUUUUACACUUUUAGUGAUUUGUUCAAAAUGGAGUUUUAUUGUGUUGUCAUAGAAUAUCAAUGUGGUUAAGUGUAAUUUGGGCAAAGUUAACCUCUAACCAGUGCUGGUCAGCAGUUUUCCCAACUAUGCUGGGGUUGGCCCCUCUGAUCUAGCAAGGGCACCUUGUGACUUGUACACACAGUUGCUUGCUUGCAGUUCUUCACAAAGUGUCUGGUAAGAGACGCUUACAGGGUUGCCAUGGAUACCCCUUUCCUCUUGCUAGAGCAUUGCCCGGCUUCACCAACCUUGUGGGCAACAAUGUUGAAGCUCAUCUAUUGGUGAUAAGUUUAAUCUGAGCAUUAGCGUUUGUUAAAUUUCUAAUUCUAUAUUAUUGCAAGGAUGUUUUCUUCAAAUCAAAGUGAUUUUUAUGCAGUUUAUUGUAGCCUUGAGGGAAAAAAAAAAACAAUCUUACUACAUGUACCAUAAUGUGAUUUUUGUGUAUACUUAAUAUUUAGAUGUUUCUGAAUCCUCCAGCAAAUUACCAAAUCCCUUGUGCCAUUCAUAUAUUCUUUAAAUCCCAAAUAUCACUCUCAUUUCCUUUGAAAACUUAAGUCCUGGCUAACCAGAAGCAGUAAAAAACCCAUUGAGAAUACUAAUCAGUCUAAGCAGCUGUGGCUGAACUGUCCUGAAAGCAUUGACAAUCUUCCUUUACUCCUUAGGUGGACAUACUCUGUCUGGGGCUUGCCUGGAGCCACGAGCACUUAAUGAACUGUUACCUGAUUGGAAGGACAGAGGGGUAAGAGAAAAGAAAAAAAAACAUUUAGUUUAACAAAGUAAAUGGUAAAUUAACCAACUGUAUGAGAUAAAAUAAUACAGUAACUAGAGGCUGAUUUUACUAUACAAAACAUAUCCUUUGAAAAAGAAUGAAAAAGUUAUACUUGUUACAAGUCAUUAAAUUCAGGUUAGAAUUUCUUAGACUACCAGGUUGAUUAAAAUAUGACAAAGAAGACAUUAAAAUCAACCCUAGAUCAACAAAUUUUAGUUUGAAUUUAAUUUUGACCUGUAACAAACACAUCAUGAAAAACAUGACUUUUCAAACGGUUGGAUGAAGAAUUAAAUUUAAAAUGGGAGAAGGUUGUUAUCUAAAUCCACACUUUUUUAUUUCUCUAGUCUCCUCUCAACACACCAGUAAAAGAGGACAAAUUUGCAAUUUUGACAGAAAGAAGAAGAAUUCCAGUGCCAAUUCUACCAGGUUAAUGUGCUACCUUACUUUAGGUUCAAAAUUGAAUUUUCUUACAUCAUUAAUGGCAUAUAAUUGUCAUUACGUAAUAAUUUAUAUUUUUCCAAGUGAAGGCAAGUAACUUAGUUUUAUCACAAUUUGCUGGUAAAUUCAGUUUAUUGUUGCCAUUGAAAGUGGGGGGAAAAUUGCACAAAACAUGAGGCAGCUAUGGAAAUUCAACAUACAUGUACUGCUGUUUAAUAUGAACUUGAUUAAAUAGCAGCAAUGUACAUGUAUUUGCAAAACAUCACUUUAUUAAACAACCAGUAAUGUGAUGUGGUAUAUGGCAUCCCAUUUGACAACUUUGUAAGAGAUAAUGGCCAAAGUGCCUGUUAUACUGAGCUUAACUAUACUUAUCCAGCCCUCUAAAUCAUCCUUGCAACCAACAACUACAAUUUUUACCAACCAUUUGUCACUACGAUCUUUUUCCAUCUACCAGUACUUUUAUUGGGAAUAAACACCUUCUAGUACAUGUAUUUCAGAAGGGGGCCUUUGAGGUCUUCACGGGCUUUGACUGCAACAAGACUAGAUUUGAAUAUUUUGACUGUUAGUGAUAAUUUUUAGUGGUAGAACAAGGACAACACAUGAAGCUUUUCAUGUCAGAAUUUCCUCUACACCAGCAAGAAGGUCAGGCUUUUUCCAAAGACGGUUAGCAGUACUAGUACUGUUAAAGAGAGUUUGAUGAUGAUAGCAAAGACGUUUAUAUUAAGUAUGGAAGUGUUGAAGGUAUCGCUGGCUUGCUGACGUUGUGAUUAAUGUCACACAUCCAUGCUGCUAAGAAGAAUAAAUAACAUAAACAACACUCUUACUUGAUUCCAACAGAAGCAAAAUACCAUGAUAUUACUCCAUUGAUUGCAAUAAUAUGGAGCUGUGAAAGGAAGUCAUUCUAGGAUUCAAUAUAUUAUAGAAAAUAUUCAAUUUAUGUUAAGAAUGUAAAAUUCAAUGCCUAUAGUCUUACUAGGUUGCUGUGCGAAAGAGAGUAAAGUCCAUCAGAAAUAUUAUACUCUGUAGACCCUUUGUUUAAUGCAACAGUUUUACUAAGAUCAUUUUUUUUUCUGUCCAUGCCGCAUCUAAAUCUGAUUCUACAUUUUCAAGAGAAUAUGAAUACAUAAAGGAACUCUGCACUACGUUUAAAUAAUCUACUUUAAUCUACUUGUGAGAUGAGAUAUGCAUUUUUUAUCUUUGAAGAAUAAAAGAUUGUUUCUAUUUUUAUUAUUGUUAUUAUUAUUAGUGAAUGUUAUUAUUACUAUAAUUAUUGUCAUUGUCAUUAAUAUUUAUAUUACACCAGCAAGUGCUACUAGGCUUUAAAGCUUUGUAUAUGAAGAAUCAAUUGGUUGACUUAUGUGUAUCUGCGUAACGUAACAUUUGGUAUAUCUCUAACAGGAUUACCCAUGCAUAACCAUGGCAACUAUAUAGUCAGGCUUGGAAACUUUGUCCGCUGGUUGGGUGAGCAGGCAGAAGCGUUAGGUGUGGAGAUAUAUCCUGGAUAUGCUGCUAGUGAGGUGAGCCUUUACACUGAUCUUUAAUAAUAAUGAUAUGCUACUAGAAUAUUAACACCUCAUCUUUUUUUCAGAAAACAAACACAAUUAUUACCAAAGACAAAAACGCCUAUGUUUAUCCUAAGGAAGACAUAGGGGCAGAGUGGUUUGAAGAUGUAACUCUGCUGUACAGCAUGAUAAAUGCAUUGUUAUCAUCUUUCAAACUACUUGGCCUGCAAAUGAGCAACUUUAAGUGAAAGGACAUGUGCCUGACUAGGUCAAGACAUUCUGGCUUGAGAAAACAAAAACGUACUGUUUAAAAAACAAGCAGGUCAUUCAGGUUUGAAUACUCAAGGCAAAGCCAAGAGUUUUUACACAUGAUAAUACAUGACUGUGAGUUUUCUGAAUGGCUUUAAAAUCCCUGAUAAAGAUCAGCUCAUUCUGGUCUAAAAGACUGGACAUAAAGUUUAGUCGUGUCUUAAUCAGAUAUAAAGACACUCAUUAAACAUUGAUUGAUUUCUUUUGUUUUUUCUUUAUGAAUUAUUAAUGACCUUUUGAACAUCACAUUAUGUUGAAUGCAAUUAAUAAAUUAUUAUUUGGUUACCUUUAUUGCAAAGUAACAUCUGUUUUGUGUGAAUGCUGGAGGUAAGUCUGUAACUUAUUUAUGAUCUAUUUCUUAAGGUUGUUCAAGGUGGUUUUAAAACUGAUUUCAAAAGAUACAUGUAUGGCUAUUAAAAUAAUGUUCUUGUGUUCAACACCCAAAAGAUGCCAUGGCUCCAGGCUAUUCUGAUUGUUUGAGAAAGUGGCGAGGGAUUUUUUAAUAAGCCACUCACAAAACAUCCCAAUGCAUAGCCAAAGCUACUACAAAAAUCCCUUUUCAACUCUCUGUAGGAAAGUCUUAGUUUAUAAUGCCCUGAAAUCCUAAAAAUCAUCUGUCACUGAUUAUAUGUACUUUAUGAUUGGAAUUUUAGGUGUUGUACCAUGAAGAUGGAAGUGUUAAAGGUAUUGCAACAAAUGAUGUCGGAAUUCAUAAAGAUGGCUCUCCUAAGGUGAACUAUAAUCAUUUCAUCAAAUUAAUUAUUCCUUGAUUGUUUCAAAUGUUCGCAUUACAAAGAAUGUUGUUCAAUUAAUUCAAGCCUCCAAAGAAGUUUUUGCAGACCAUGUGUUUAUUAUGAUCAAACCUGGAAAACCAAGAACACCAAAAAUAUUUUGGGAAUGUUGUUGUGUUAGAAAGAAUGUGAAUUGUAUCGUGGUUUUGUGGCUAGUUCACGUGUGCUGAUCUUUGCUUUGAUUGUUUGUAACACAAUAACAUUCCUGCAAUAUUAUUUGAAGUGUUCAUGGAUUUGCUUGUUGGACUGUAAUACUAUGUAUGAAGAAAUGUUAUUUUUGUUAUUCUCAACCAUUACAGGCCAUGUUUGAGCGAGGUAUGGAACUCCAUGCUAAGGUGACAAUGUUUGGUGAAGGAUGCCAUGGUCAUCUGGCCAAGAAUAUGUACAAAAAAUUUAAUCUACGAGAAAAUUGUGAUCCUCAGACUUACGCUAUUGGCUUAAAAGAGGUAACUAAAAAUGUUUAAGGGGCAAAUAAAACUUCCCAGUAAGUGCUACUUUAAAAAUAUUUCCAAUAUCUGACUCGUUUUCUAAACAUUCAGUGCUAUAAUAAUAUUUUAAGGGCCAUGACACCUGCCAUGAAUGAGUUCAAUCAAUGUUAUGAGCAUUGAAUCAGAUGUUCCUUCAAAAUUUACAAAUAUAUCUUCAAAUUUCAGAGGAAAACUUCUAGUCUAUGAAAUACUUUAAUAAAUUAUUUUAUGUUACACAAGUGUUAAACGAAGGCAGCUUAAAACAUUGACUCAUGUAUCCUUAAUUAGUGUCAAAAUUGGGUCCUAAGCUAUGUAGAUCAGCGAUCAGUUUGUUUGUUUGUUUCAAAGUGAGAGUAAGAAAAGCAUAGUAACUCAGACCUGUGAUCAGUGGCCAUACUGGCAACACCACUGAAAUUUAUAGUUUUCUGUGUGUUAACAGUAUUUAGUGGACAAGUGAAAGAAAGUGUUACCCCUUUUCUCAUACAUGCAUAUCAUCAUCAUGAAUAAAUGUUAUAAACCAGUGGCGCAUUCAGACCUUCAGAUAAGGGGGUACCCAAUCAUCCAAACCCUAAGAUAAGAUGGGGGGUCUAAAAAAAAAUCAUUUUUUUUUGUGCCCUUUGGUUUGCCCCCUCAGUUUGGUCAAAAAAUAGGGGGGGGGCUGAGGCCCCACAAGCCCCUCCCGUGGAUCUGCCACUCUAAACAUCAGCUUAACGCUUGCAGUACCACGUUGUGAUUCUUUGUUAGCAUUCUAGAUUAAAUUUGAAUUUGUGUUGAGGUAAGGAGUCAAUGACACAGAAGGCUGGUAAAAAUUACCGGUUGUAUGUGUUAUUUAAAGCCCUGUGUUUUUCUUAUUAGCUUUGGGAAAUAGCUCCAGAGAAGCAUCGUCCAGGCAGAGUAGAGCACACGGUUGGUUGGCCUCUGGUAAGUGUUGCUUCAAGACUCAAUAAAUUUUUCUUGGUGUUCAUUUAUUUACAAGCUUCCAAGGUCUUGACAAGCCAAGUUCAAAACUCAAACAUGAAGAAAACGAAGGGGUGAAAGAGACCCCCAGAACUCUGCUCAUCCCUUGCGCAAAAUUGUUGCUAUGCCCUUUGUGUUUUUUUUUUCAUCACUUCUGCCUGAGUGACUGUGGUCUGUCUGCUUAGCCCUUUAAACCCUAAGGGUGAUCAGCAUCAAAUUUCUCCUUGUAAUAGCAAUGCUUUGUAAAACAGAGGGGUCAUGAGAAUUAAGGACGUGAUCACAAGAUGUGUUUAUUUGAUAUUUUAUCGACUUCUCCCCACUACUUCUGUAGUAAAUGAAUAGGGGCAACAAAGGAGAAUUUUAAUUUGGAUCGUAGGGUUUAAAGGGUUAAAGAGUGGCAGACUAUGAAUGGUCUCCCAUUCUUCAAAGUCUGUCAGGCAAAACAUGGAGCAAAAGGGAAUGGUGUGACUGAGCCCACUAACUAGGAAGAAUAAAGAGACUACUGCACUCAGUCUUAAAGAGUGAUGAAUUUUUUCUUCAUAAUAUUGAUCGUGGACAUGAUAACCUUUCUUAUUAUAUUUCUGAGCAUUCUGAAAUAACAUGAACUUUGCACUGCUAGGCAAAGCGUUGAGUGAUUAAAUGUUGUUUGUAUUUUCUUCACAACAGGAUAAAGACACGUAUGGAGGUUCAUUUCUAUAUCAUUUAGAGGAAGACACUCCUUUAGUCGCUGUUGGAUUUGUGGUGGGUUAUACAUUUAUGUAUGGAUGAAGUCUAAACAUGCCAUAGCUUAUACCAGUGUCACAUACAUGAACAAUGCUUUAUUCAUCCAUGCCAUCAUUAAACAGACAAAAUGAUCUCCGCUAAUAUGAACAGAGGGAAACAUGUCCCAAUUUUCGUCCCUGUUCGGUAACUACUCUUGAAAAAAGGAGACACUGCAUUGUUGGAAUUGAUUAAAACUCCAAUAGAAUGGGAAAAAAUUUAUUAUCUAUUGUUGGACAAAACAGGGUGCUUUUUAAUAUUGCUUCUUUCUGCUUUGGUGUUUUUGUGUCCUCAAUUUCAGUUUUUGUUUCUUUGUAAUGUUAGAGUUGUCCAAAAAUGUUUGCUUUAUAACGGCAGUCAUAUUAUGUACUCAAACUAGCAGGGCACAGGUAAUUGAAGAGUGAAAGUAGUGAUAUUCUUAACAGUUAGUAGAUUUCACCACACUAGAUUUAUUGUUCUUACCAUGAAAAAAUGAAUGGGGGCUUAGAAUUUAGUUCAAGGUUUUCUGUUUGUUUGUUUUUCUUUCAACCUCUCCUGCUAAACUAUGCAUACAUAUGAACCCUUGUGUCUUCCUAGGUUGGGCUAGAUUACAGCAAUCCUUAUGUUUACCCUUUUAAAGAAUUUCAGGUAAGCUGUGUCGAAAAGCAAUAAUAAUCAUCAUCAUCUUUUGAAAGCUAGCCUUGGUAGUUUACGGUCGUUUCGCCAACGUCUUGUUUGCUAACUACUGAAUUCGUUCCCCCUACGUGUUGGGUCAGUUCCCUAACUGCUUUCGCCUGAUCAGUGGCUGAAAGAGGGAGGUAUAUACAUACGUAUCAUACUUUUUUGUAUCACGGCUGAGAGAGCGAAGCAUAUACAUGCGUAGCGCUCGUUUCGCUUCUUAGCGGAACGACAUAAAGACUUUGGCGAACGGGAAGUUAGCGAAACGACCGGUCACCACCUUAUUCUUUUAUUAUUCUUAUUGUUAUUUAAUUAUUAUUUAAUUAUUUCUUUUGCAGCGCUUCAAGCUCCACCCGUCUGUGAGGCCAACAUUUGAAGGAGGCAAAAGAAUAGCUUACGGUGCAAGGGCACUUAACGAGGGGGGCUUCCAGGUAGGAGCAUAUUAUUUGGUUACCCCGGGCCCCCCGUCUGUCACCACUCAUUCCAUGUUGUAGCUAUCCUACCCAAAACUUAAGUAGCCUGUUCGAAAAAAUACCCUACUUCAGGAAAGACAAUCACAUCCUCGGGAACCUGGGGCUGUCAUUCGGGUCAGGGAGAAACGGCGCGACUAAUGUUCCGUUUCUCCAGACCCGACUUAGGGCCUGUUUACACGGAGGUGGGGGACCCCAGGUAGGUAAGAUGAUAGGUGGAGUGACCCGACACAUGUUACCUCACCUACCUGGGGUCCCCCACCUCCACGUAAACAGGCCCUUACUACUUACUACCUCUAUUUGUCCGCGGUUGGACGAAGACUGCUAAUCGUUGUUAUUUGAGUGGAAAAAAGGGCCUAUUCUUGAAACCUGAUGACCAGAAUAUUUGUCGAUGUUAGCAUUUCAAGAUUACCAUAAUACGUCCUAAUAUUAGUUGCAAUGAUUUCUAACUGCGGUACGUAUGUUAUCUUUGUUCAGUGCAUUCCCAAGUUGGCUUUCCCCGGUGGUCUUCUGGUUGGCUGUAGCCCCGGGUUUAUGAAUGUUCCGAAGAUCAAGGGAACACACACGGCAAUGAAAUCCGGUAUGCUUGCUGCCGAGUGUGCUUUUGAAGCUUUAACUGACGAAAAUUUCUCUUCCCCAACCGAAGGUGAGUAAUGCGCCCGUAGGUUUUCUCUUUUUAAACACCCCUUUAUGGUGUAAUUUCGUAAACCCCAUGAUCGACUUCGUUAAUACAAAGCAAUCUCAGCUGAUUAUAUCGUCUACUACAUGCGCUUCUUCACUGGGCACUCUCAACCAUGUUUGUAAAUGGUUGCACGAGGUUGCUAGAAAUGAUGAACAUUUUGCUCGCAGGAAUCGUUACACAAAGGAGAAUCAAGUUCCACUUUUCAGCACGUUCGCUGCAAAACACGCUUUGGAUGACCCGUUUAUGUCACAAGGGAUGUUUCACUUACGACGUCGCGUGCAACCUGUGUCGCAACGGCGCAACGGAAAAUUGCGAGACAGGUUACACAAAAUAUUACCUAGCGUUGACGCCUAUGGACAUAGAAGUAGAUACUUUUGGCCUUUGUUUCGGCAGGAAGCUAUUAGCUUGAUUUCUUUUUUUUAGGUCUCCUAAUUGACUCUUAUGAACCACGGAUGAGAGAAAGCUGGAUCUGGAAAGAGCUUCAAAGCGUGCGCAAUAUCAGGCCCUCUUUCCACAGUCCCUUGGGUCUUUACGGUACAAUGCUGUACACCGGCAUUUUCUAUUACAUUCUCCGCGGCAAGGAACCUUGGACGCUACGAAAUAGCAAACCCGACGCGGAACACUUGAAACCCGCCAAGGAAUGCACACCGAUUGAGUAUCCCAAACCCGACGGAGAAGUGACUUUUGACUUGCUAUCUUCAGUCGCGCUGAGCGGGACAAAUCACGAGGGGGACCAACCGGCACAUCUAACACUCAUGGAUGAUUCCGUGCCGGUUAACCGGAACCUCGCCAUAUAUGACGGCCCCGAGCAGAGGUUUUGCCCUGCUGGGGUUUACGAAUAUGUCCCUAAUGAGGAUGGAGACGGAAUGAGGCUACAGAUAAACGCUCAGAACUGCGUGCAUUGCAAGACAUGUGAUAUUAAGGAUCCCAGUCAGAAUAUCAACUGGGUUGUACCUGAGGGGGGUGGAGGGCCGGCGUACAACGGAAUGUGA